UCUGUCUCUCUGUCUCAAAAGUAAAUAAACAUUAAAAUGCCAUAAAGGCUCACUGUUCUUACCAAGAUUGUGUCCUUUUUCUUGAAUAAACACUUUCCAUAUUAAGCCCUUGGUUAAUUUCCAGACUUUUGAGGAAGUUGAUUCUGAUAAUUUUUUGUCCGUUUUCUCCUUGCUUUUGUGAAGAAGAGAAUUUUCAGAGGGCUUUACUCUGGCAUUUUCACUGACAUCACCUGUAACAUAUUUGAAAUGCCCUUCUCUGUGAUUGCCUUCUCAUUUCUUAAAACACAGCUCAAAUGUCUCCUCUAUUAUAAAGCCUUUUCUGUGUCCUCUGGGCAAAGGACUCGGUUAUUUCUUUAUCUUCCUAUACAUCUAUGUUGAUGCCCCUGUUAUUUCACUUUUCACAAAUAACAAUUAUUUAUACCUGUUCCUGUGUCUUCCCUCAGCCUGCAGUUUCCUAGUUUGUGACGUAUUCAUUCUCCAUGCCCAAACUAAUUCCAGACACAGUAACUAUUCAUCUAUGUAGGCAGAGGGGUAUUUGUUUUAGGGGAUCUCAGAGCCUAGCCAGGGAAUUCUCAGCUCCCGCCAACAGUUCUUUCCUCCUCCUUCUGUGAUUCAUAGCUGACCUCUGUCUCUUCAUUGUAUUAGAAGUGUGGGGUGCUGUGUGUGAUUACCAUAAGCUCAGAGUUGACACACUGAAUGUAAGAGGAAAAUAGCAAAAAUAAAGGCUGUGUGGAUGAGGUUCAACAGUAAUAAUCAUAAUAGUGAUAGCAGCUAAUAGUUACUGAGUAGGUUCUAUGCUAGAUAUCAGGCUAGGAGCUUUACAUUCAGUAUCUCCUUCAUUUCCAACAUCAGUCCCAUGAGGUGGGUACUGUUUCCUUAUUUUACAGGUGAGACAGUAAGGGAAGUGGCAGAUCUGGGGUUAGGUGAAAGCCCGUAUUCCUAACUGUUCUAUCUGAGGGGUCCGUGGGAAGCAUUUGGAACAGGGGAAGCCACACAAGUCUUUUUUCUUCCUUGGGACCUGUUCUGCCUCUCUGAAGAGCUGUGGUUCCCAGGCGUGCUCAGCUCAGCCGGGCCGCUUUGUGCUUUGAAGCAAGAUAGCACUGGGGGCUCCUGUAGUAACUGGUCCCCAGGGCAGCUGGGGGGAGAGGCCCCAUUUCCUCAGCAUUGGGGCGACAGGUGUAGCCCUGAGGAGAGAAACGACUAAGAUUCCUCAUUAUCAUCCCAAUUCCAACAUGGUGACAGCCCCACACUGCUGGGAAAGCCAACCCACACAGAGAUGAGAUGUAAUCCAGAGGGCUCAGAAACAUUUCAACAAAUGCUAAUAUCAGUCUUUCCAAUACAGCCCUGUCAGCAGGAAGGGGGAAUGUGCUAGCAUGCAUGGGGCACACUGUUUGGCGCAAGGGACCUGGUUGCUAAGCAACAGUAGCUGGCCUCCCCUCCUCCCUAUAACCUUUUUCUCUGUUUCUAAGCUUCUAGUUAGCAGAUGGGAGGGCCUGAGGCUGCCCAGCCCAGCCCAGCCCUUGGCCCCUUUCCCUGCAACAAGGGGUCUAUUCAUGGUUUCUGAGCAGAUUCAUUGUCUCUUUGGCACGCGCGUGCGCGCACGUGUGUGUGUGUGUGUGUGUGUGUGUGUGUGUGUGUGUAGUGGGGGGAGGAUAAAGGGAGGGGCCCUAUGUGAACUAGGGAAACCUCACCCUCCAGCCAAGCUGGCUGGGCUAUUUAAUCAAUGCUGAUCCAAGAACAGGAGCAGAACCCUGACUAGCAGACCCUGAGGCUUUACAUUGGUGCCACUGACCCAAAUGAGCCUGAUGCCGGAUGGCCAAGCCCACAUGGAGCCUCAGUAUGCAGAGGAGGGUCCAGGACCUGGGAUCUUCAGAGCAGAGCCAGGAGACCCACUGAGGAGGCCUGAGGCCCAGCAGCAGCCCACCUCUCAGGCGGGGCGCUGGUGCUCAAGGCGGCGCGGCUGCGUGGGGCUGGGCGCCCUGGCGCUGCUGGCUGGUGCGAGCGUCGGCUCAUGGCUUCUUGUGCUGUAUCUGUGGCCAGCCGCAUCUCAGCCAUCUCCCGGGAACUUGCAGGAUGAGGAGAUGCCUUUGAGCUGCUCAGAGGCCAGUGGUGAGGAAGCCCUGCUCCCUUCGCUUCCCAGAACAGUAUCUUUCAGAAUCCACCCUGAGGGCUUCUUGCUGGCAGUACAGGUGAGGGCUCGGCCAGACUGGCUCCUGGUCUGCCACGAGGGCUGGAGCUCUGCCCUGGGGCUGCGGAUCUGCCAGAGCCUGGGACAUCUCAGUGCAAACCGAUUUCCUCCCCCGUUCUGUUCCCCUCUUCUGCCAAGACUCACUCACUACAAGGGAGUGAACCUGUCUGACAUCCAGCUCAACAGCUCCCAGGGGUUUGCUCAGCUCUCUCCAGGACUGGGAGGCUUCCUGGAGGACGUGUGGCAGCCCAGGGACAGCUGCGCUUCUGGUCAAAUCGUUUCCCUCAGAUGCUCUGAGUGUGGGACGAGGCCCCUGGCUUCCCGGAUAGUUGGUGGGCAGGCCGUGGCUCCCGGGCGCUGGCCCUGGCAGGCCAGUGUGGCCCUGGGCUCCCGGCACACGUGUGGGGGCUCUGUGCUGGCCCCACGCUGGGUGAUGACGGCCGCGCACUGCAUGCACAGUUUUAGGCUGUCCCGGCUGUCCAGCUGGCGGGUGUACACGGGGCUGGUGAGCCACAGUGCCGUCAGGCCGCACCAAGGGGCUGUGGUGGAGAGGAUCAUCCCUCACCCCCUCUACAGCACCCAGAAUCACGACUACGAUGUCGCCCUCCUCCAGCUCCGGACACCGCUCAACUUCUCAGACACUGUGGGUGCUGUGUGCCUGCCAGCUGAGAAGCAAGAUUUCCCAAGGGGCUCACAGUGCUGGGUGUCUGGCUGGGGCCACACCGACCCCAGCCACACCCACAGCUCAGACACGCUGCAGGACACGGUGGUGCCCCUGCUGGGCACCCGGCUCUGCAACAGCUCCUGCAUGUACAGCGGGGCCCUUACCCCCCGCAUGCUGUGUGCCGGCUACGUGGACGGGAGGGCCGACGCGUGCCAGGGUGACAGCGGGGGCCCCCUGGUGUGCCUGGACGGGGGCACGUGGCACUUGGUGGGGGUGGUCAGCUGGGGCCACGGCUGCGCGGAGCCCAAUCACCCUGGCGUCUAUGCCAAGGUUGCCGAGUUCCUGGACUGGAUCCAUGACACUGCGAGGGCCCGCCAGGUGGAGGAGGAGCUGCAGACCCAGGUGCAGAAGGCACGGACCUCCUUUCACACAAGACAGUCAUCGCCCACAGGCCAGCCUCCGGGUCCGGGCCUCUCCUCUCGGGCCCUGGUUUUGAGUCCCUCUUUCUCACCAGGGAGCCUCAGUAACAGGAGAGCCGAUGGGGCUGGGCUGGAAAAGUGGGGGGAGGGGCGGGGGAGGAAGAUGCUGCUGGCGGCAGCUGGGCACCCGCCCUCCCCCCUCUGCCCUUCCCUGCACGCAUCUUUUGGGAGGAUGCUCGGGGAUGCCCUGGGACCGCUUUCUCCAUGUCUCUCAGGCAAGGAAAGUGCCUCCUUAGAGGAGCCCCUGGCCCCGAGGCUUCUGGGCAGAUGGGGUCAAGGCUGGGCAAGCCCAUGCAGUCAGGAUCCUCCCCACUCUGCGUGUUCUCAAGUGGCUGUGGCUGACCCGACCGGGCAGGGUCGGGGACAUGCAAGAAAAUUAGUUCAGAAAGAUGAAGCAUCUCCCCAAGACCAGCCACUAGUAAGCGCCAGUGAACCCUGGAUCUUUUUAUUCCACACCCACAUCACCGUUUGGCACAUGGAUGAACGAGAUGGUCCAGUGUUGCACAGCAGUGUAGACGUGAAAGGUUCUUUAUCACCUAGUGGAGUCACCUGCCUACACAAAUGCAUCACCAUCCCUGCUUUUUAUAGCACAGAGAAGAGGCUAUAUAGGAGGACACAGUCAGAAGGUGGUCAUCAGCAAGCCAAGAGGGGAAUUCUCACGAGAACCUGACCGUGAUGGCACCUUGAUCUUGGACUUCCAGGCUCCAGAACUACGAGGAAAUUGAGGCACAAAGAGGUUAAGCGUCUUGCCCAAGAUCACACAGUUAGGAAGUGACAGAGCUGGGAUUUGAAUCCGUAGCCUGGAGCCUGCGUACCUAAUCACUAUGCUGUCUUGUGCCUCUUCAAGUGAUGCUUCUCAGGUGGCUGGUGGAUUUUGCCCGUGAGUUCAUUUUCCCCUGGGAUGUCAGAAUCUUGGCUUGAACUGUGACAGGGGAGGAGACCUAGACCCACACCUCACUGUGAGCUGCUCCAUUCUGAGUGAAGAAGGGAGCCGGACAACGAGAGGCGCACACAGCCUGGGCUUGCUCUCCCCACAUUUGCCUCUAGACAUAGCAAUCCUGCCUGAGUUUCUAGCUGGCCUGUCCUAUGGUUUUGGGACUUGAGACUACAACAUCACCUCUUAGCUGAAUUUCCACCCUGCCAGCUUUUGGCUGCUCCACAGAGUUUGGACUCACCCGCCCCCAUAAUUGCUUGAGCCAAUUUACAAAAAAUAAAUCAAUCUCUCUCUCUCUCUC